ACUUUUGAUACUACAAAAAUAGAAGCGAAAGAAGCGCGUAUUCGGAGGCGUAAAUGGAAGCCCCUUUCUUUGCCUUCACACCAAACCAGUAAUCCAAUUUAUAUUUACCACACUUAUGAAUUAAUCUGAUAAAAUUUGUCCUUUUUUUCUUCUCAUUUCUAACAUCUCAACCAUGAACAACGAUAACAACACCCAUUAUCCCGACUCCGAGCGCCCUGUCCGCGUCUACGCUGAUGGGAUCUACGAUCUUUUCCACUUCGGCCAUGCUCGCUCCCUCGAACAAGCCAAGAAAUCGUUUCCCAAUACAUAUUUAUUGGUUGGAUGUUGCAAUGAUGAAACAACCCACAAGUAUAAAGGUAAAACUGUUAUGACCGAAGCAGAGCGCUAUGAAUCCCUUCGCCAUUGCAGGUGGGUUGAUGAAGUCAUUCCUGAUGCACCGUGGGUUAUCAAUCAAGAAUUUCUUGAUGCAUACAAUAUUGACUAUGUGGCUCAUGAUUCCCUUCCCUAUGCUGAUGCCAGUGGGGCUGCGAAUGAUGUGUAUGAGUUUGUUAAAGCUGCCGGAAAGUUCAAGGAAACUCAACGAACCGAAGGGAUUUCAACGUCAGAUAUUAUAAUGAGAAUUAUUAAAGAUUAUAACCAGUAUGUGAUACGUAACUUGGACCGUGGAUAUUCGAGGAAAGAUCUUGGAGUUAGCUUUGUAAAGGAAAAGAGAUUGAGAGUGAACAUGAGAUUGAAGAAACUACGUGAAAAAGUAAAGGAACACCAAGAAAGGGUAGGAGAAAAGAUACAAACUGUUGCUAUGCAUCGUAACGAGUGGGUGGGAAACGCUGACCGCUGGGUUGCCGGAUGUAAUGAGUUGGUGGAAAAUGCUGAUCGCUGGCUUGCCGGAUUUCUUGAGGUGUUCGAAGAAGGUUUCCACAAAAUGGGCGCUGCAAUCAGAGAACGAAUAGCAGAACAUUUGAUGAGGCAACAAUCAAGGGAUUCUGCAUUUUUGCUGGAACUUAGUGAUGAAGAUGAAGAUGAGGAAUAUUAUUAUGAUGAAGAUGAAGAAGAAGCUGACGGUGAUAAUGAUAAUGAGGAAUACUACGACGACGAUGAAUAUUAUGACCAGAAAGACAGAAAAAAUGAAAAAAAGGAAGAAGAAAAAGAAGAAGAAAACAAACAAACUAUUGCUUCUCCAGUUUACCUACUGUAGGGUUUGAGUGGAAAAGCUUCAACCUGUAAUUUUGUUUAUUCAUAUCAUACCUGAAAAUGUUGUUCCCAUUGAUGCUUCUUUUUUGCCUUGGUAAGAUGCAAGGGCUUGUACAACUUUCUUUUUAUCACUGUGUAGGAGUUUUUUGAAGAAAAAUUUAUAGUUCGGGGAGAUAUAAGAUGUUGCAAAUAUUCAAUUUCUGACUUUAAUUUUUUUUUUAAAUGAUGAUACGAAUUAAUUGGAUUAAA